CUAGUGCGAAGUUCGGAUUCCGACUCAUUGGGGGGUUAGAACUGGCUAACUCAACGGGUUAGCUAUCUUAGCCUUGAAAAUAUUAAAGGAUGGCGUCGCAGCCUCCUCCUAAACCGUGGGAAAGGCGGAUUCCAGGAACUAUUCCAGCUCCAGCCAACUAUCAGUCAACAGAGUUUGGGUCGGCCAGAGCGUCGAGGCCAGGCCCACCAGUUUUGACCCGCGUGGCGCCGCCAGUCCCCCCUCGACCAGUCCAGCAGUCUGGUUUAGGGGGCAUGUCCACGUACCGGCCUGCUUACAGCUCGCUCUCCACGUCCUAUAGCCCCUAUGGGAGCUCCUUCUACAGCGGCUACAGCCCCUACAGUUACGGGAUCGGGGGAGGACUGGGCUACAAUCACUUCCGCCUGGAGGACGCGCCCCCGAGUCGCUUCGUGCAGCAGGCGGAGGAGAGCAGCCGCGGCGCCUUCCAGUCCAUCGAGAGCAUCGUGCACGCCUUCUCCUCCGUCAGCAUGAUGAUGGACGCCACCUUCUCCGCCGUCUACAACAGCUUCCGCGCCGUCCUGGACGUGGCCAACCACUUCUCCCGCCUCCGAGUGCACUUCACCAAGGUCUUCUCCGCCUUCGCCCUGGUGCGCACGCUGCGCUACCUGUACCGCCGCCUGCAAAGGAUGCUGGGUCUGCGGCGAGUGUCGGAGGCGGAGGACCUGUGGGCGGACAGCGCGGGUUCAGCGGUCGCAGUGGCGGGAGUGGGAGGGGCAGGGGCGGACGACCUGGCGGGGAAUUCUGUCAAGUCCUGGCCCAUUUUUCUCUUUUUUGCCGUCAUCCUUGGCGGGCCCUACCUCAUCUGGAAGCUCCUGAGCUCUUCGGAAGGGGUGGAGGAAAUCGCCACAAACUGGGCCAAUGGGGAUGACGACCACGUGGUGGCCAGGGCAGAGUUUGACUUUACCGCUGCCUCUGAGGAGGAGAUCUCCAUUCGGGCUGGGGACAUGUUGAACCUGGCACCCAAGGAGCAACAGCCCAGGAUCCGGGGGUGGCUGCUCGGAAGCUUGGACGGCCAGACCACUGGACUUGUCCCUGCCAACUAUGUCAAGGUCCUGGGCAAGAGGAGAGGGAGGAGGCAGGCGGAGCUGGAAGUGAUGGCGCAGGAGCAGCGGCAACAGCAGGGCUUCCACAGCCCCCAGAUGGGACUGCCCAGCUCACAGGAGCUGGCCCAGGCCGCAGGCCCCAUGGGUGCCACCGCAAGCCUUGGCAACCAGGAGGAGGUGCUGGAGUCUGUGUACAGGGAGACGCCCGGAAGCCAAGGCGUACCACUGUCCAGCGUCAGUACCAGCUCCUCUGUAGCCACUGUACCAGAGAGGAUUGACCUGUGAGAUCUGAUCUCGGCUGUAUUUCAUGUGGGGAAGGUGUGUGCUGGUCUGUUUUUCAUCAGCCACCUACAACAAUUAGAGAAAUACUCAUUUUCUCUGUCUUUCUUGUUGUGGCGUUGCUUAACAGGGUGUCUGUUACUCUGUUGGCCAGCUAUGGGAAAAUGGGGUGCUUUCAUCUACUGCAGGUUAUACAUGUAUCAAGAACAGGAAAGUAGGGGUCUUGGGACUAAGAAAACUGAAUGAAAUUAAUUGUCCGUUCAGCAAGGAUAAUGAGUGUCCUGCUUAGUUUCUGAACAUUGUCAGCAGGACAGCCUGAUUGUGCUGUUGUGGAGAAUGAAGGUUGUGUACCUGAAUACAACAGCAGAGGAACGUUGAAACAUUUCAGCCUCAAGGUUAGUAGAAUGUAAGUCGCUUUUUUUGGUUCACUGUAUCCUCUUCAAAAAUGAGUGUAUAUUGAAGUGUUUGAAAACAUCUUUAAUGUAAGAGUUACUAUAAUUAAGAAGCUGUGAGGUGUGAAAGAAAGAAAAAGAUGUACACGGUUUGGUGACUGUACAGUGAAAGACUAUAGCUGUCAGAGAAGAUAAAGGAAAACAUGAAUAUGAUAACACUUUAAAUAAGAAACCAACAUAAUCUUUGUUGACAGUUACUUUUAGAUACUUAAAAUGGAUGUUAAAUGUUUAGUUUUAGUCUGUUCACUAAAAAGCCAUACUUUUGCUUCAAAGGACACCAAGGACUGUUUUAGAAAAAGUUAACAUCAAAUGGGAAUUUGAAGUUAAUACUGUGCUUUCUGGAAAAGCUGGAAAAAACAGUGCUUGAAAAUGAACCCCAGUGAUAUUUGUUGGAUUUACCAAGCACCCACUAUUUAGUGGCCCAAAAAGACAGAUUUAUAAGUGUUUGAUAUGUCGAACCAAACACUUUCACUCGGUUUGAUUUUCCUCCUUGGAUAACUGUAGUUGCCUUUAGAAGGCCUUCUGUGUAGAACUGUAUCGUAAAGUGAGACAUCCUUCCAUCCACUCUAAACAACUUGUGCUGAGUUCUUCAGCUGUCAUGAAUACAACCACAAGUGAAAUCGUUUGAUCAUUCAGAGGUCAUUCUAAUGGAAUGUAACUUAUUUUAAUUUAUUUAAAAUGGCUUCAGGUUUAUGCAGUUGUGUGACACCUCCUUAAUUUCAUGCAAGACAACUUGAAUAUAUAUGUAUAUUCUAACAGGUUUGGGUGUACUUGUAUCAGGUUUAUCUAGGUUAAAUGGUACAGCAAGUUCACAGUUGCAUGCAUCUGCAAGAAAGAUAUGUUAAUUUCAGUUAUAAAACAGUCGUA